UUUACUUCCGGUUCCUAUACGUGUGCUUCAGUUAUCAGUCUGGCUUCUGCUCACCACAGAUUUAAGGGAUUGUGAAGGUUUUGGGCUGCGGAUAAGCGAUGGUACUCCUCGAGAAUGACUCGUUCUUGACUGAGCUGACACGGCUGUUUCAGAAGUGCCGAACCACUGGAAGUGUUUACAUCACAUUAAAGAAGUAUGAUGGAAGAACAAAACCAGUUCCCAGAAAAGGCAACCCAGAGACCUUUGAACCUGUGGACAACAAGUGUCUUAUCCGAGCCACUGAUGGAAAGAAGAAGAUCAGCACCGUGGUCAGCACCAAAGAAGUAAUAAAGUUCCAGAUGGCCUAUUCAAACCUGUUGAGGGCACACAUAGAUGGCCUCAAGAAGAAGGACAAGAAGAGCAAAAGUAAGAAGACCAAAGCCACCCAGUGACCAAGAGAAGGUGCUGGAAAAAACCACAGCUGCCAUGCUCACCUCUCCCUCUAAUCAACCCACUCGUCUUGGACUGCACUCACCCGUGCUGCCUCUGUCCUCCCAGCUAUAUCUGCAGCAUUUUGGUUUAACUGGGAUGCUAGUUGCUUGGCCUGUGCAUCCACUGGUUUGGUGACAAAUGCCGGGGUUUGUAUACAAUCAGCAAGGUGCUGUAGGAGGAGGCUUGUGGCAUAACUUCCCGUGAACAUUCAAAGGGACUCCUGGUGAUACCUGUACUUGGACUCAAACCAAAAAGUAUAACACAGUUGUAAAGGAGCAGCCCUUUGUUGUCUGGGAUAGAGGGCUUCUCGUAGAAAAUCAGAGUGCUGCUAAGAUUGAGGGGUUUAAACGUAUACCUUUUUUAUUUUAGGUUUUUUUUUUUUUUGAUCACAUUUCCUAUAACAUUUUUCAACUUUUCAGUUGUCAUUGACAGUCUGCAUUAAUGAUUUUUAGGGUCCUGAUUUUAGUUUUUCUGUCAUUCCCCAAAAAAGAGAUCUAUUUAGUUCCACCAGGUUUAAAAAAAAAAAAAAGGCAUAUUUAUCAUGGUCUUUUUUUGUAUUUGACACAGUACUAAGAGUAGAAAAAAAUUUGUAUAGAAUCCUCUGACUUUUUUGUUUUUCCUCCCCCCUUGUCCUGUUAUUGCCAUAUUCAAUUAGUUUUCAUGUAUAUAUUUUGGAUUGUAUGAGACUGGCUUUGGAAGGCAGGAGACCUUCAGCUUGAUGGUUAUUAAUAUUAGGAGGGUGUAUUCCCAUGACUUCCCUUUUUUUGUUUUGUUCCUGAUAAAAUAAAAGUUAAAGACCUGA